GUGGGGCGGUUGCGGCGUGUGGCGGAAGUGGGAAGUGACGUCACGACAGGGAGAAAGAAGCGCGGGAAAUGGCGCCGCCCGUGGUACCGCGGAGGCGGCGGUGUCGGACCGAUCCGGGCCUCGUGCAGCGACUCGCCCUCAUCCCGAUCACUGGCCGGAUCCCACGCCUCCUGUUCCGGGCUCUACCCUCGCGUCUGUGCCGCCCGCUGGGCUCCAUUGUGUCGGAGGGCGUCAUGAGGCAAGGACACGUGUUCCUUGGCUUCAGCAAGUGUGGCCGUUUCCUGCUGUCAUACACGCGGCGCCUGGAGGAGAUAGACGCAACCGCCACGGCGCUAUUCGUGUACGACCUGUACUGGUGGGGCUUCUCGCUCUCCCGGCCCUUACAGCAGGUGUGCCGUGUGCGUCUUUUUGGGGACACCCCAGCGUGUAGCGACCUCUUCCUUUCCGUGUGCGAGUGGCCCUCGGACCCCUCACAAAUCAUGGUCUACGGCAUCAGUACAGUGAUCUCCGAUUUACCACUCGGUGUACUGCCGAGCGAGGAUCACCGCGAUGUCUUCAUCACCAUCGCUGCCUCGCCACCCCUUACCGCGUGUGCAGAGUGCAGCAGUGCCUUACCCACAGGGGAGUCCGGUCUCCGUGGGAGGUGUCGUCGUCAUGGCUACCUUGUCAACUUCCACUACCAGGUGGUGUUCCCGUUCCCCGGGUUCCAGCCAUCUGUCCAGCUCGGCUGUGACCGUAUCCUCGUGCUCAACACCAGCUACUCGCUGCUGGCCUGCGCCGUCUCGCUCACGGAAGAGGCUGGAAGUGCCACUCCAGGUCUCCUUUACCAGCAGGCGGAGACAAAGCCGGAGACACAGAGACUCAGGUCCCCAGGGAGAUCGGCUUCCAGGUCUCCCGACGGUCUCCGCUCUUCUGUUCCUCACGUCUCCGUGGGCGGGACGCCGCUCCACGCCUUGGAGGAGGAGGGAGACCUGGCGGGGAGCGGGGAGGAUCAUGACCCUGGCGUGGAGCUUGGGGGCGUGAGCUACAGCAGCAGCGUCUACUCCCUCGCUCGCACACCGAGCCUGGACCACUCGAGGGGUGGGCGGGGCUCCUCCUACGAUGAGGACAUGAAGCCAGGUCUCCCUGUGUCCGUCACCGACUUUGCUCUGCGGCAAGGCAUCCUCGUCUCUGAGGCAAUGGCACAGCGGGCAAUGUGUGUGCGUGUGGAGCAGCUCACGCUAGACCUGGAGGACGUGAUCAGUGCCUCCAUUGCGUCGCACGCACCCUGGAGCGACCGCUUCUGCUCCUUCACUGACUAUGACGCCGUCGUGCUGCAGGUUUGCCCAGACACUGCCUCAGUUCUCCUCAUGAUUGGGCUGAUUCUCCUCGCCUUCCCAGCCGCCCCACAGCCUGGCACCGACAGAUGUCCCCGCACGCACCACGCAUCUAUGUUCAUUCGCUGGAGCUUGAGCACGGGGAGAGCGGAGACGAUCGGAGUGGAGGGGAUGCUGCACGAGGUGGAGGGGAGACCUAGCAGUGUGGUGUGGCGGCGGUGGCGUAAGUCCUGUGCUGAGCUGCUGAUCAAGUGGACGAACCCCGUGAAGCCGAGCCAAGCCGUGACGAGACUCACGAACCAGGCCGUGCACACCGGAUGUUCAUUGAAGGUCCUGUUGGAUGGAGACAGAUGCAGAGGCGUGAGACUGGGACAGAGUCUCAACUGAUACGUGGAGACACUCAUAUUCGCACGGUUGUCUACGUACUGUGCGAAAUAAGUUAUACAUACAAUCACAGGGACACCCAGAUAUCUUAGACAAGGAGACAUCUCGGAUAGAGAUGGAGACAGACACGGAUACACUUGAUUAAUAUGUGGAGACACUAAGACAACUAAGAUGCACAGGGAGAUACCUCAAGAGAGAUCCAAAUUUCGAGACAUACAGACAAAGAUACACACACACCACGAAUACACAUACGUUUGAGUCACAGAUUCCCAGAGACAGACGCUUGACACACAUGGAGAUACGAGCACACACUUGAGACCUGAAGACACGUACAUAUUGAACUUGAGUUGCCAUGGAAACAUGUUUGUUGCUGUUAAUACUGAAAAUAAACAUUUUAUUGUG